GUGCCAUAUUGGAAUGAGGUCGUGAACGAAAGCGUGAAGCGCGCGACAAGCUGCACGAGCUACACCGGAAAUAGGUUGCUUCGACUCUAAACAGUAAUGGUCCCGCGCGUUGCCCUGACGACGAAUCCAGAUACGUAGGUAUCUUAUUUUGAAAGGUCAAACCGGAACUUUGGGGGUUCUUGUUCACGCUGGCUUUAAUAUCACUGCGAGGGAGCAGGCGAAGAGGAACGGCAUCUAAAAAACCGACUUGGAAAAACUACUUAUCGUUCUUUGACCCGUGCUCAUUCGAUCACUCUGGCUGGAUAGCAUCUCUCCUCGGCUUGCGCUCUCCUAGUCUUGUCCUUGAGGGGGCACCAGCAUGAGCCAGGAAGGACCGGAGUCUGAUGGAGACUGUGCUCAGGACUCGGCUGACUUUAGCUGGGAUGACUAUCUGGAGGAGACUGGAGCCGUGUCUGUGCCCCAUCACGCCUUUAAACAUGUGGACCAGGGCCUGCAGACGGGACUGACACCUGGGAUGAAGCUGGAGGUGUGCGUGCGCUCAGAGGUUGACAGCCCUUACUGGGUGGCCACUAUCAUCACCACAUGUGGCCAGCUGCUGCUGCUACGCUACGAAGGAUGCCAGGAUGACCGCCGCUCAGACUUCUGGUGUGACAUCAUGACGGCAGACCUCCACCCUUUGGGCUGGAGCCGGCAUCAAGGGAAGACCAUGAGACCCCCAGAGGGGGUACGUGAGAAGAAUGAAGACUGGGAGGCUCUGCUGGAAAAGGCCUUGGCUGAGGGAUCCAGCGCGCCUGCCAGCCUUCUGGAACUGCCCCAGCGCGGGAGAGACCCUGUGGAGCUUCUGUGCGCGGGUUGUUAUGUGGAGCUCCAGGACAGCGUUGACCCGGGGCUGGCCUGGGCCGCCGAGGUGGAGGAGAACGUCGGAGGGAGGCUCAAGCUGCGCCUCGUUGGCACCGAGGGCCUUCCAGACACACCAGCAACCCUCUGGCUCUUUUAUCUCCACCCACGCCUACACCCACCAGGCUGGGCCCAAGAGCAUGGCUACACCCUUAAACCUCCUUCAGAUCUGUUGGCUCUACGGACGGAUGAGGAGUGGGAGGAAGUGAGGCAGAGGAUCUGCGACCUUCCUCAGGAUGAAGCUUUGGUGGCAGAGUUAAGUAAGGAACAACCAAUCAUCGCUGCUCAUUGUUUCAAGGAAGGAAUGAAACUAGAGGCUGUUGACCCCGCUGCACCUAUUUCCAUCAGGCCUGCUACUGUCACCAAGGUAUACAAUGAUAAAUACUUCCUGGUGACAAUGGAUGACCUUUGUGGUAUUGAGGAGUCGGAGGGUUCAAGUCGGUCAUUCCUGUGUCACAGAGACAGUCCUGGGAUCUUCCCCACUCAGUGGAGUCUUAAAAAUGGACUUCCCCUCAGCCCUCCCCCAGGAUACCAGGGUCCAGAUUUUGACUGGGCUGAUUAUCUGAAGCAGUGCGAGGCAGAGGCCGUUCCUCAGCAUUGCUUUCCAACUGAGCAAAGUGAACACAGCUUCAAAGAGGCCAUGAAACUAGAGGCUGUCAACCCACUGUCACCUGAGAACAUUCAUGUUGCAACAGUCACCAGGGUCAAAGGACAAUACAUUUGGCUGAGUUUGGAGGGUCUGAAGCAGCCGAUGCCAGAGCUGAUAGUUCACGUGGACUCCCUCGACAUCUUUCCUGUCAGCUGGUGUGAGACAAACGGCUACCCACUGGUGUACCCCAUCAAGCCUUCAGUCGAGAAGGAAAGAAAAGUUGCUGUUGUGCAGCCAGAGAAACAAACUCCCCCUAAGUCUUCAUCACCAGAUGCUGUCAAGCAGCAGAUGGCAAACCAGUCCGAGACAGGACAGGGAAAUGGGAAAUAUUGCUGCCCCAAGAUCUACUUCAACCACCGGUGCUUCUCAGGUCCUUAUCUUAACAAGGGACGCAUUGCUGAGCUGCCUCAGUUCAUUGGCCCUGGAAACUGUGUUCUUGUUCUCAAGGAGGUGUUGACUCUGCUAAUAAACUCUGCAUACAAGCCGAGCCGUGUGCUGAGAGAGCUGCAGCUGGACCAGGAGAGCCGCUGGCAAGGCCAUGGAGAAACACUCAAAGCGAAAUACAAAGGAAAGAGUUACAGAGCCACGGUGGAAAUAGUCCGCACUGCAGAUCGAGUAGCAGACUUCUGCAGGAAAACCUGCAUUAAACUGGAGUGCUGCCCAAAUCUGUUUGGACCUCGCAUGGUUCUGGAGCACUGUUCAGAGAACUGCUCUGUCCUCACCAAGACCAAAUACACCUAUUACUAUGGAAAGAAAAAAUGUAAACGCGUUGGCCGUCCACCUGGGGGCCACACCAAUUUGGAGGCUGGCGUAAAGAGGAAAGGGCGGAGGAAAAAGAGGAGAAAGCAGCUCUUUGUCCACAAGAAGAGACGUUCUUCAGCCUCGGUAGACAACACGCCUGCCGGAUCUCCACUGGGCAGUGGUGAAGAGGAAGAUUUGGAUGAAGACGACUCCCUCAGUGAUGAUUCAGGCUCUGAGAUGCAGGAUGAUCUUCAGGAUGACUCUGAGCAGUCAGCUGAAAAGUCUCAGCCCACCACACCUUCUCCCUCACCACCAGCAACGCCCAGGCCUUCACGCAGACGCCGUAAACCUUGUUCGCCCUCAUUCUCUGAUGAUGAGAAUCACCCUCCUUCACCGAAGACGUCAAAACUGGAGCCUCCUCAGAAACUGUGUUUGGACACCAGCCCACUGGAGUGGAGUGUUGCUGAUGUGGUUCGCUUUAUCAGGACCACAGACUGCGCACCCCUGGCAAAGAUUUUCUUGGAUCAGGAGAUUGAUGGACAAGCACUGCUGCUGUUGAACCUCCCAACAGUCCAGGAAUGCAUGGAUCUGAAGCUGGGACCGGCCAUAAAGCUGUGCCACCACAUUGAGAGGGUCAAACUGGCAUUUUAUCAGCAGUUUGCGACAUAGUUGAUGGGGAUAUAACAUAGGACAUGGCAACACCCUUUUAAAAAGAGAAACAAAUACUCCAACUAUGACUUCUCUAACAUUGGAUAUUCCCAGGUGUCCUGUUUUACAUUUGCGGUCCAUUGUGGACUUACAUGAUGCAAAGAAGAUUUAGACCCUCGGAGAAACUCAGAAAAGGAGGAUCUCAACAAUGUAUGUGCUCUUAAGAGAAGGUGCCGGGAUAAAUUGUUGAGGGGGAAAUCUGGACUCAAGGCAUCAAAUAAAGAAAAACCCCCUCAUUCAUUCCAGAGUGUUUCAAAGCAAAGUUUUGAAGGACUUGCUUUUUUUUAAUGAGAAACUAGAACUACUCUGUUUGAUUUUGUAAUUUUACAAAUCCCAGCCUGACUUAGAAAUCUUCUAAUGAAAGAGUUCUUAGAGCUUGUCAUACUGCACAGAAGCAUAUUUGACACUGUUUUUAAAUGGACAUUUACCCUUGUGGAUUAAUUUGAAAAGUAGAUGGAUUUUUUUCUUUUUUGUAAAUGUUUUAAGUGUUGUUUUGGACCAACUUUAAAUUUUAGUGUAAUAUUUACUAAUAGUUUUCUUGAUGCAUGCAGCAGAUGUCUUAGCAAAAGUAUGGACACUUAAAAAAAUGUUUUGUUUUUUUUUUUCGCAAAAGACUCAUGCCACUAAUAUUUCCCAAAACCAGUCAAAGACGGAUCUGUUUUUGUGCAGUAAAAGAACCAGAAGUAGCAUUUAAUUACUCUGUGCUAUAAAUACCUAAAAUUAAAAGCAAAUGUUUUAUAGUAAAAAAAAAAUGUUAUGCACAAUGCAUUGAAAUAUGAGUUUUUUUCAAGUCUAAAGUGUUUGAAAUGACUAAACUUAUAUAUAAAAAGUGAUUACAAGAGACUAAACUGUGCUCCUCUAAAGUAUGUGAAAACAGUACCAUGAGGAUUUCGUGAUACAAGCACAAGUGAAACCAUGCACUGUUUCACAGUAUGUCGCAAUGCAUAUUUGUACAUAUUGUAAAUAAUGAAAUAUCUAAUAGUGCAACAGGGUAAUUUUGAAAAAAAAGAACUGUUUGCAUAAAAAAAUACUUAAUUGUCCAAUUAUUCCGUAUAUUUGCACAGAACUGGCCAAACAUUUCUGAUUUGGAGAGAAUGAUGGGGAAUUAACUACUGUAUGAGAGAUUCUAGUCUAGUUUUUGCAGGUGAUUUAAGUAGUUUUAAAGCAAGAAUAUGUUCUUAAAAUAAUUUUGUAUUUCUGUUUGCAAUGUCAUGUAGAGUGAUUUAUUGUUUGUGCUCCGUUUUGUGACAAAAAUAUGCCUCAUUGAUUUAUUUGUUGGGUUACUUGUAUUUUAUUUUAUUUUUAUUUUCCAAAACUACUAAAUGUAUUGUUUCUGUCGCCGCGGCGAAAGAACGCACUGCAAUAAAAACUAAGUUACCAACA